GCACUAUUUUAUCCCGCCGUGUGCGAUAGACCGCUGGUGUCUUCUGCUCCAAUCCAUUGUCUUUGCCUGUGCGAGCCUCGCUUCUAAACCACUUGAUCGCGGCCUCACCUCACUUGCAGAGCUCAGUUAGCUUGCGGUUCUUGUCACUCACACUUCCCCCAUAUAUACCCGACCAUAUAUACCCACCAGGCGACCAUUGAUCGGGAGGAAGCAACCGUCGAUCGAUCGACCAUAUAUACAACCAUCGAUGUUCCCUAGCUUAGCUCGAUCGUUGAAGUAGCUACAAGGCCGGCCAGCUGCUGCCGCAGACGAAUCAAUGGAACGUCCGUCGUCCGGCGGCGUGGGGCAGCCCAAGCUCCGCAAGGGGCUGUGGUCACCCGAGGAAGACGAGAAGCUCUACAACCACAUCAUCCGGCACGGCGUAGGCUGCUGGAGCUCCGUCCCCAGGCUGGCCGGGCUGCACCGCUGCGGCAAGAGCUGCCGCCUCCGGUGGCUCAACUACCUCCGCCCCAACCUCAGGCGCGGCAGCUUCUCGCAGCAGGAGGAGGACCACAUCAUCGCGCUGCACCAGAUCCUCGGCAACAGGUGGUCUCAGAUCGCGUCGCACCUGCCGGGCCGGACGGACAACGAGAUCAAGAACUUCUGGAACAGCUGCAUCAAGAAGAAGCUCCGCCAGCAGAGCAUCGACCCGGCCACGCACAAGCCCAUGGGUGCCACGGCCACCGCGGCAUUGCCGGACGCCGAAGAGGAAGACCGUAAGACCCUUUCCGCGGCGGUCGACGGCAGCCUCGCUCCGAAGCAGCAGGCGGUGUUUGAUCCGUUCCCGGUGUGCGCCGAUUACAGCGGCUUUGCAGAGGACCUCAGCGCGGCGAGCGCUGCGGCAUUGUAUGGCCAGUUCGGCGGCGGCAAGGAGGGCGCGGACAACGACGCCGGGUUCGGCGCGGGCGACUACAGCUGUGUGCUGAACGUGUCGGAGAACCUGGGCUACGGGGAGAGCUCGAGCAACAGCAGCAACUGGAACUACGGCGGCGAGGUUGGAAGCGCGCUCGACGGCGAGGUACUGCACUGGGCAAAGGCGGAGAUGGAGCACAAGUUUUCGCUGCCCUGCCCAGAACAGAGCCUGCUCGCAAAUUUCGAAUUCAAUUUGGAACAAUACUUCUGAUCUUUUGUUUCUUUCUCCCUCCAUUUUUUAAGAGAUAAGUGUCACAUCAUAAAUUCGGAAGUUAGUAGGCAAAUUACUUUGCUUCA